AUGUUGUCUAAGAAAGCUAGUUGUGAUCAGUCACACGGCCAAGACUCUCCCUACUUCUUGGGGUGGCAGGAAUAUGAGAAGAAUUCUUAUCAUGAAGUUCAAAAUAGUACCGGAAUCAUUCAAAUGGGCCUAGCAGAAAACCAGCUUUCGUUCGAUCUUCUCGAGUCAUGGCUUGAAAGCAAUUCGGAUGUGCUGGCGUUGGAGCGAAAGGGAAGAUCUGUAUUCAGAGAACUGGCUCUCUUCCAAGACUAUCAUGGCUUUCCUGAUCUCAAGAAUAGAUUGGUGGAGUUCAUGGCAAAAUUAAGAGGGUAUAAAGUAGAGUUUGACCCUAACAAGCUCGUGCUUUCCGCCGGCGCAACUUCUGCGAAUGAGAUUCUAAUGUUCUGCCUUGCUGAACCCGGUGAAGCUUUCCUUCUUCCCACUCCAUACUACCCAGGGUAUGAUAGAGAUCUCAAGUGGCGUACUGGUGUUGAAAUUGUUCCAAUACAUUGCACGAGUUCAAAUGGCUUCAGAAUUACUGCGUGCGCACUGGAGGAUGCGUAUCAACAAGCCCAAAAACUCAAUUUAAAAGUUAAAGGGGUGUUGGUCACGAAUCCUUCGAACCCUUUGGGCACGACAAUGAACCGGGAUGAACUUAACCAUCUUAUUGAUUUUGCUAUCACAAAAAGAAUCCAUGUAAUAAGCGAUGAAAUUUAUUCAGGAACCGUUUUUGACUCUCCCUCCUUUGUAAGCAUCGCAGAAGCUUUGAUGGAGACAAGUACUGAUGACGCUGACAUAUGUAACCGCAUUCACAUUGUCUACAGUUUGUCAAAGGAUCUUGGUUUGCCAGGAUUUCGAGUGGGCAUGAUCUACUCCUACAAUGAAACAGUUGUUGCCGCGGCUACAAAAAUGUCAAGCUUUGGACUUGUUUCUUCUCAGACUCAGUAUUUUCUCUCCAACAUGCUCUCUGACAAGAAAUUCACUAGAAAAUACGUAAAGGAGACUCAAAAGAGAAUCAGAAAAAUGAAGGAAAUGCUUGUUUCCGGCCUUCGUGGCGCAGGUAUUGGGUGCUUGAAGAGCAAUGCCGGUUUGUUUUGCUGGGUGGACAUGAGGCACCUGUUAAGCUCCGACACGUUUGAAGCAGAAAAAGAGCUUUGGAAGAGAAUUCUUUUCGGGUUUGGUUUGAACAUCUCUCCCGGGUCUUCUUGCCAUUGCUCUGAGCCGGGGUGGUUCAGAGUGUGUUUUGCAAACAUAUCCCAAGAAACAUUGCAGGUUGCAUUGCGACGCGUCGAGGCCUUGGUUGAAUCCUUCGGAGAUAAUUUCAACCACCAGCGAACUGUUCGCAACUCAAGAAGAAGCCGGCCGUCACUUUCCAAGUGGGUUCUGCCUUUACCGUACGAUGAUCACGAACAAGCCGACCGUUAGUCUCCUACAAAUGUGAGCCGAAGUCAAAUCUGUCUUCUAAGUUCUGAUCCACGAAGCAUACACUUCUAAAGGCUGUCUAGCCUGUUUGUCAGUUCCCUAUGACCAAUAAAUAAAGGCCAGUUAUGUUGGUGAUUUUAGAGUGUAGGGUUAUUUGGUCCAUCCACCAUGAUGACUUCAUGUUGUGGAUAAGAACUCUAGUACUCAAGGCAUUCCUGGUUGGAGAAGUA